CUUCUUAGUCACUGCUUUCCAUUUCCCUUAUCGCAGGGUCACGGUUCACACCCGUCUCCGAUUUUGAAACCAGAAUCAUUCACAACAAGGAUCCGUGAUUAUUGGACCGUUUAAGAGUAUUUUAAAAUAUAGCUGCCAACAUGUUUUUUAAUCAGAUUAACGGAGUUCGCAGUCUUAGUCUUUUCCGGAGUUUUGCUGGACAAUUUCUAAGACGCCCCGCAGGAAUUAAGACUGACAGUGCAGUGGCACAGAGUGCCCAGAGGAGGUUCUGCAGCAAGCCUGCAAGCGCUGAAACAGGAUCCCAGCCACAGGCAGUGCAAGGGACUGGAGGGGUUGCAGCAACUCGUUCUAGCUUUAAGGUUCCUGGAUACAGACCUUCAGAUUUUGAUAAGAAGCUCCUCAUUUGGACAGGCCGCUUCAAGAGAAAAGAAGAUAUACCAGAGCAGGUUUCAUUUGAAAUGAUUGAUGCAGCUAGGAAUAAGGUUAGAGUGAAGGCCUGCUACGGAAUGAUCAUCCUGUCAAUUGUAGCCUGCAUUGGAAUGGUCGUUCUGGGAAAAGAAGCAGCUGGUCGGCAUGAAAAUCUGACAGCCCAGAACAUGGAGAAGAAAGCACGCUAUAGAGAAGAGUCUCGAAAAGAGAGAGAGGCUGCUGCCAUUGAUAAAGCCCAGUAAAAAAAAAACAAAAAAACACGUUAGUUAAUUUCUUUUUUUUUUGUUUUACUUUUUUUUUCAGAAAUACAAUUCUAUAUCUAUAAACAAGAAGGGUGGCCAAAUCAUCGUAUUUGAUUCAUUUUGGCUUAGGGUGCUGUACACUAGACACCAUAUUACUACUAAGAGGAUAACCAGCUGGCAUUGAGACCAGAGCAGCAGGCAGAUGCCAGUAUCUGCGGCCAUUCCCUGCCUGUUUCCUGUGCAGAAGAGUAAGCAAGCAUAAAUGCAGGACAUUUCCAACUUCCUCUCAAUCUCUGCGAUUUAGUCUCUGGUGUACAGUUCCUACAGUUCUCCAUGCUAAGAUCUCCUGAGUCCAUGUAAACAUGAAAGCAUAGUGUUAUAAUGGAGAUUCUUGCAUCUAUCCACCAUGUGUAGUAUUGCAGAAAGUCCAGCAGGGAUGCAGAUAAAUCCAGCAGGCACCACUGUUAAAGCUGAUGUAUUGUCUUGUUUGUGUCGUCAGUGCUUUUCCUCUGUUUUGCCCAGGUUAACUUAUGCUGUAAUAAUACACCCAAACAAUACUUGCAUUUGCAUAACAUUGUACACUUGUUUGUCUCAGAAAACACCAAUACUCUGUUUUUGCCUUUUCCAGAUACUGUAGCAAAGCUUGUACCACAGCUUACGUGUCAGACCUGUUUUGCAGUAAAUGCAGAACAUUACUUCAACAUAUAAAAACAUUCAGUCCUUGAAAUGAUUACCAUCAGUGCUGGGGAUCUACUACAGAGAUGGACAGAAAUGUGGAUGCAGUGAGCAGUAUAUUCUAUGUACCAUGUAUGUAUGGUGACAUGUGAAUGGAUUGCUCUUGAUUGUAUGAUCAAGAUCUAACAAUGAGGAUGGGUAUUUAUUAUAUGCACUUUAAUAUAUAUAUAUUUUGAAUUUACUCGGUUAAAUUAGAGUGCUGUUCCAGUGCUGCUUUUAAAUGUAAUGCUUAAAUAAAAAAAAGGUACAAAAAAAAAAUAACUUGCCUAAAUGAACUCGUAUUAUGUUAUUUUUUGAAAUUCUUCAAAUAAAUGUAAUAAAACAACAACAAAAACUUGUAUGUUAUUUUCCUGCAUUCUCACGGUAGAAAUGUUGUAUGUUUAUUAGUGCUCGGACAAAUAUCUGAAUAUUUUUUGACAUG